AGGAACUAAAAAUUAAAAAUGGCGCAACAAAGAAGCAGGAAGUGAGAGAUGUUCGUGUUUUUUUUUCUCACUGCGUCAAAUUCUUUGUGAAAUUUGAUGUCUUUGUGAUUAUCAAUAGUUUGUGUGCUAAUUAAAAGAGUUUAUUUAAUUAUGAAUAUUAAUAACGAUUGAAAAGUGAGUCAAUAGUGAAACUGAUGAAAUUGUGAUAUAUUUAUGCAAUUUUGCCUUUCGUUACGUAUACAGAGGUGAUAAAUACAACAACAACGUGGUGAAACUUUAGAAUAUCAUCUAGAAAAUCAGCCUCGGGAAAAAAAGUGAGUGAAUAAUUUUUUUUGGAAAUGUUUCGUGUGCCAAAAACGGCAAUGCCGACAGUUUGCCCUGUGAAUCAGGGUAAAAAAUUGAAGGAAACACAAACGAAAUGUUUAUAUCUUUCGUAUGAAUGCAAUCAGCCUUGUUUGGAUGGUUAUACAUUUUGUGUGAAACACGUUUUGGAGGAUCCAAAUGCACCGUUUAAACAAUGUAAUUUUGUUUACAAUACAAAUGGAAGGAAAUGUCAGAAUGCGGCGCCAAAAUUGGAUCGUCGCGAAGCUUCAUAUUGUCCGGAACACACGAGAAAAGCACAACUUCUUCGAAUUAAAUCAACGUCAAAGCAUUCUUUGCCCCAAACGCCAGAAAUGCUGCUUCUAAAUCUCAAUCAUUAUGUGAAACCAUCGAAUUUAGCAGAAAAGGAUUCGCAAAAUUUACCGGACAAAACAAAUAUUUUGGAUCCCUUCACGGAAAUCGAGGCAUCAAAAGUGAAUGCAAAAGUGAGCGAUAUUUUGGAUUAUGCGAGUUCAUCGGACAGCGAUGUGGAAGCGGCGACAGUCAGCGACACAGUACGUGGAACAUUUCUCGACGACAGUGACACGGAAAGUGUUCACAGUCCUCAAGAGGAUCCGUUGAAUAUUAAUUUUUUAAGGCACGCCGGAAUCUUCACUGCCGAGGAGGUGAUUUACAUCGCCCGUGAGAAACUCAUUCGAUUACAGUCACUGUACAUUGAUCAAUUUCGCCGUUUGCAAUACACAUUGAGGGAGAAGAGGCGAAAGUAUCUUCACGCAUUGAAGAAGGAGAAGGAAACUCUGUGCAGUAUUCAUAAUCAACCGAAGGAAAGCGGAAAGGAAAAGAAGAUCUACGACAAAUUAAAGGCGUUGAAUCGUUAUCACAGACGAAGUGGAUUCGAGGCAAUUCUUUAUCGGAAAUCCGUCGAACGACGAGUUCAGGCAACGGAGGGACAAUCGCAAAAACCGCCGAGCAUUCCAAAGUGUAUUUUCACUGAAGGAGGAGUUAAAUGCGGUGAAAGAACACUUCCCUCAGCGAAACAUUGUCGAAAGCAUAUAUUAAGCGAUCACAAUCAGGUUUUGUUCAAGGCCUGCGGAGCGUCAAUGGCAGAUAUUGAAUGCCACGAGCCAGUGCCAGUUAUUUUCGAUUCAAAUUGUGUUUUUCACAUGAAUUUACCGCUGCAGUGUAAAUUGGAGCCAAUGAGGUUUGAGGAGAAAACGCCAACAAAUGAGGAGAUUCCAAUGACAAUGGAGUGUCAAGCGUUGGAGAAUGAUGUGAUUGUCGAGGCGCGUCAGGAGUUCGAUCCCGACGACGAUAUGGCUGGAAUUAUGCGCGAAUUAAAUGAAACAACAUCGGCGUUGAAUAAUAUUCACAACGAUGGUGCAAACAGUGAAGCGAGCACUGAAACAACGUACAGCAUCACUCCACACUCCAGUGAUUUGCUUAAGGACAUUCAGCUAUCGAAUUAGAAUCCUUUUUUUUUAAUUUUCAAAUUUUCUUUGAAUUUAUUUAUUUUCUUUUUUCUUCUCUUUUUACCAUUUUUUUCAAUUCUUUCUCUAAUUUUUUUUUAAAAAUUCUUUCUCUUAUUUUUUUCAAUUCUAUUUUUUUAAUUCUUUUUUUUCGAAAAAUUUCUUUCCGAUUAAUCGACUUUUAAUGAACGUUCAUUAUUUAAUUG